AUGCACAACAUAGUAGCCAUCAAGACGGAGAACGUCACCUCGACCACGGCGGGGACGUGCCCGGUGGACGACGCUCUCGAGUACCCUCGCGACCUUUCUUACAUCGCGGGUGCCUGCUGUGCGCUAUUCGUGCUUCUGGGUGUGCCGGGCAACUUGCUCACGCUGGUGUCGCUGGGCCGAAACCGGCGGCUGCGCGGCCCGACCACGGCGUUCGUGCUGAGCCUGUGCUGCGCCGACCUGCUCUUCUGCGCCGUCAACCUGCCGCUGACGGCGACGCGCUACUUCCGCCGCUGCUGGAUGUUCGGCGACGACAUGUGCGUCGUUUUCGGCUUCUUCUUCUAUGGGAACGUGGCCACAUCCAUAUUCUCGAUGACCGGCAUCUCCGUCAGCAGGGGCGUGCUGGUGAGCUCGCGUCGUCGGCACGACCGCUUGUUCUCUGGGCGGCGCACGGUGGUGGCGGUCAUCUCGUGCUGGCUUCUUGGUUUCGGCGUGCUGUUGCCCGUGCUGCUCGGCUGGUGGGGCCGCUUCGGGCUUCACAGGCCGACCUUCUCGUGCACCGUGCUGAGCAAGGACGGCCGCUCGCCCAAGAUAUUCCUGUUCGCCUUAGCCUUCCUGGUGCCCUGCAUGGGAAUCAUAGCGUCUUACGGGCGCAUCUACUACAAGGUAACGUAA